ACGUCCAAAGCCGCAUGGGAACCUGAACACAAGGAAGUAUUUGUGGACUUAUGCGUGGAGCAAAAGAUGUUGGGGAAUCAACCUGAAAUGCAACAUAUAUUGGAAGCUUUUCAAGAAAUGAAGGGUGUGAGGUUCACCAUAGACCAGCUUAAGAAUCGUUGGGAUACAAUGAUCAAGGAGUGGAAGAUUUGGUGUAGACUUGUUCAAUGCAAAGAUAUGAAAUGGGAUCCCCACACAAACACGUUUGGUGCCAGUGAUCAAGAAUGGGCCAACUAUUUAGAGGUGAAUCCUGAGGCUGGGCAGUAUCGGUUAAAUCCUCCAUUGUUCCUCAAGAAAAUAGAGAUUAUCUUUGCAGGUAUUAACUUAGAUGGUGAAGGUACUUCUUCGGGUAACAAAAUGAUACAAAUAUGCGAGCAUCGUGAUGAAGAAAAUGAUACUGGAUAUAAAGCUAAGCUAGGCGCGUCUGAUAUCGCGAUUCGACGUGGGUAUAAGUGGCCACCAUCCUCGCAUGCGAUUUUUGUGGACUUGUGUUUCCAAGAGUCUAUAAAAGGAACCACACCAACCAGACGUAACCAACUUUACACAAAUGAAGCUUGGGAAAUGAUUCUUGAGAUAAUCAAUCGGACCACAGGAGUAGGAUACACACAUAAGCAGCUCAAAAACCACUUCGAACUUACCAGGAAAGCUUGGAGAAACUGGUGUCAAACUAUUGCAUCUCCCAUCAUGAAGUGGGAUGCUAAUACUCGCAAGUUUGGUGCAACGGAAGAGGACUGGGAUAAAUACUUGAAGGUAAAUAAAAAAGCUGCAGUGUUCAGAUGGAGACAUAUUCCUCACGCUGAUAAACUGGCAACCAUCUUCAAAGGACGUAUCGAACCUGGAAAGACCAAAACCCGCCGUUAUCGCAAGAAGAUUCCAGUGAAUGCAUCCGUCGAGAAGGAGUAUACCAUUGAGGAAUACAUGGAGUGUUUGGAUGCCAUGGAAGAGGUUGAGAAAGGCAGUGAUCUGUACAUGUUUGCCUCGGAUUUGUUUCGGUGGCACAACUCAAGUUUGAGGAUGUUUCGGCUUCUUGGAUGUCGAGCUGCCUAAAAGAUCAUCUUAUUCUCCCAACCUUCCGCUAAACCCUCAAUUGAUCUUUCAAGAAAACAGUUUAUUUUGU